CUUCAAAUCAAAGGAUUUCCAUCGUUGCUGUUGAAGGACAACGUCUAGUGCACGGACGGAAAUUGAUAAAAUCGACCACGGCAGCUAGUCGAAGAGCUGUGGAUUAUUAUCGAAAAGGCCAACAACGACGCCUGGCAGCAGUCAUAAAAUAAAAGCACUGGCGUCAGCAAUGCCCAUCAGGGCCAGAAACCCGAUCCUUUCAUAUGCGUUCGUCUGGAGAAGGCAUUAACACAAGACCGAGGAGAGCUUUUGAAAAAUGAGUACGCUGCUCUUGGAAUCAGACUAUCAAGGCCACGCCUGUCAAGCACUCGACUAUAGAUAGUGUAUUCCGCGCACAACUUUGAGAGCAGAAUUGCAAGAUUUUCAAGUUCGUUGAAGAGCAGUUAAACGCGUAGAUUAUGUGGAAUUGCCAACAGCCUAUACCGCAGCUGCGGCUGCUGCGGUUGGUGCUGCUGCUCUUGGCUUCAUCAAUUGGCUGGCUUGAUUAUGCCACAGCCUCCACGCACGAUGUCUACAACGGAGCGCGCCCGGGACAUCGCAUUGUGCAAACUCGAUAUGGACGCUUGCAUGGAAUGAUUCUGCCUUUGGAUAACUUCCGCUUUCUGCGCUCAGUGGAAGUGUUCCUUGGUGUUCCCUAUGCCACGCCUCCGAUCAAACAAAACCGCUUUAGUCCAACGCGUGCCCCAGCACCCUGGGAUGGAAUACGUAUCUCAGAUAAAUACAGCCCCGUGUGUCCACAACGGUUGCCCAAUAUACAAAAUGAAACCGCCGCCUUGGAGAAGAUGCCAAAGGGACGCCUGGAGUACUUGAAGAGAUUGUUGCCCUUUUUGGAAAAUCAAUCCGAAGAUUGCUUAUACCUGAAUAUAUUUUCACCUGUUAAUGCUGGCGCUAAUGAGAAGAAGCUACCUGUAAUUGUGUUCAUACACGGCGAGUCGUUUGAGUGGAGCAGCGGCAAUCCUUACGAUGGCAGUGUGCUGGCCAGCUAUGGCGAUGUGGUCGUCGUGACGCUUAAUUACCGACUUGGAAUACUGGGUAAGAAGGUGGCAAGUGGUCUGUGGCCUCGAUGCAUAAUUGUGCGGAACUUCUCUGCUCGCUAUCAUCCGACAGGCUUCCUCAAUGCGAAUCCCAGUCCGCAUGUUCACGCACGUGUUGCCAAUUAUGGCCUUAUGGAUCAGAUGGCUGCGCUCCAUUGGAUACAGCAGAAUAUACAAAAGUUUGGAGGUGAUCCGAAUGUUGUUACCCUAGCAGGGCAUGGAACGGGCGCCGCAUGCAUCAACUAUCUGAUGACCUCGCCCACAAUGGUGCGAGGGCUUUUCCAUCGCGCCAUACUGAUGUCUGGAUCGGCGUAUUCAUCGUGGGCUCUCGUAGAGGACCCAGUCCUGUUCGCCAUUAAGCUGGCCAAAGAGGUUAACUGCACCAUACCCGAGGACUUGAACAGACAUCAUGAGCAGAUCGUCGACUGCCUUCGGGAUGUGCCGUUGGAGGAUCUAUAUGGCGCCGAUAUACAGGCACCAAACUUUCUCACAUCGUUUGGCCCAUCCGUUGAUGGCGUUGUCAUACGACCCGGACAUUCCAAUCUCGAUAUUGAUGAUUUAAUGACGCGCAACUCGAAGCGCUCUACGGGCGACGCUGGAGCCCAGUCUGGCAGUGGUAAUGGCGGUGGAUCCGGCGCUGGCUCCGCUUUUGGCGGGGGCUACUUUGGAGGAGGCGCUGCCACGGCCAACAUUGGUGGCCAUUAUGAUGUGCUCUUCGGCGUUGUUACGGGCGAAUCCAUUUGGCGCUUCAGCGCCCACGACAUACAAAACGGCUUCGAGGGCGAGAGAAGAGAUAAAAUAAUACGCACUUACGUGCGCAAUGCUUACAACUACCAUCUCAAUGAGAUAUUCUAUACGAUUGUCAACGAGUACACGGACUGGGAUCGCACUUCGCAGCAUCCGAUUAACACGCGCGAUACGGCUGUUGCCGCGUUAUCCGAUGCCCAGUUCGUGGCGCCCAUAGUGCGCACUGGAGACAUAUUGGCGGCCAAUUCGCCACCGCCAGUGAGCUCGGCGGCGCCCAGCGGAGCGGCGAGUGCGGGCGCUGCGACCUUGGCGGCCUCCACGCAGCCCGCGGGCCGCUGUUACUUCUAUGUCUUCGACUAUCAGACCAAAGACGGCGACUAUCCCCAGCGCAUGGGCACAGUGCAUGGCGAAGACUUGCCUUACAUAUUUGGUGCACCGCUCGUCGAUGGCUUCAGCCACUUUCCGCAAAACUACACCAAGUCGGAGACGGCGCUGUCAGAGGCCGUCAUGAUAUACUGGACGAAUUUCGCGCGCACCGGCAACCCGAACGAACAUCAUCGGCAGGACUCUGUGCUGCCCGUUUCCAAGGAACGCAAUCGUUUUCGCAGCAUCACAUGGGAGAACUAUGAUCCUUUGCAUCAAAAGUAUUUGGAAAUAGGCAUGAAGCCACGCAUUAAGAAUCACUUUCGGGCUCACCAACUCUCGAUUUGGCUGCGUCUGAUACCCGAGCUGCAUCGUGCUGGAAUGGAAGAUGUUAUAGCCAGGCACAAUCUAUUUCGCAAUCACGACGAUAUGGAAUUGUACGAGGGACCCGUUAAGCCAGAUCCAUUUGGUCUCUCAGCGGGCGCAGGCACUGGCACAUCAUCAUCCUCCGCCUCCUCCUCGUCCUCCUCGUCGCGCCUGCUACUUAUCGAUGAGCAAUUGAUGAUGAAGAAAGGACGCGGCCUGAAUGCCUCGACCUAUUUGAAUGGCAUAUUGGGGGUUACGACCGUGGAGCCGAACAAUAUGUAUACAACGUGUAUACCAAUUGGCGGCAACUAUACUGGCAAUGGAGGUGGCGUGUAUGCUCCGACAACACUGGCAAACGGGUCGACGGAGACCGUGGCUUCCGGCUUCGAGGCAGCCGGCUAUGCGGCAUAUUCCACGGCGCUGAGCGUAACGAUUGCCAUCGGAUGCAGCCUGCUCAUAUUGAAUGUGCUGAUAUUUGCGGGCGUGUACUAUCAGCGGGACAAGACGCGGCUGGAGGUGAAGACACUGCAGAAGCAGUAUCAGCAGCGCAGCAUGCAUCAGCAGGUACCAUAUCCGCCGGAGCCCAUAAAGCAUGCUCAUUACCACUUGGGCCACUCGCAGAGCGCCAAUGUGAUUGUUGACGUCGAGAGCCACGGUCAGGAUCAGACCGGUCAGGCGGCCAUGCUGCUACAGGCAGCCGCCGCCGCUGCCGCAGCAGCUAACGAGGCAUCGAAGCCACCACCGCCACAUAUAUGCGCCAACACGGGCUUGCAAGCGCAGCAGCAGCAGCAGCAGCAACAGCAAACACAGCAAGCGGGCGGCAGUGGAAGUAUGCUUAAUAAUAUGGCCAUGGAUGGCACUAAGCCCACGGAUAACUUGGCCAAUGUCACCUAUAGCACCAGCACCAAACAGCAACAGCAACAACAACAGCAACAUCAACAGCAACAGCAACAGCAGCAGCAGCAGCAACAGCAUCAACAGCAGCGCGAGCAUAUGCAAAUCAAGAGCAUGGGCAGCGGAGGCACACAGACAUUUGGACGUGGCAAUGGCACAGUUGGCGGUGCAGGUGGCGGCGGUGGUGGUGCUGCUGGCAACAAUAGCAGUGUGCCUGCCACAGCAGUGGGUGUCGGUGGUGGCGCCUCUGUUGUUGUGUCAGGCAGCAGCGUUAGCUACAAUCCCGGCCUAAUGACUUUGCCCAAGGCAAGCCAAUUGCAUCAUUCCGGAGCUCUCAAUUAUGCACGCAGCAACACGGCCGCCUUGAAUUUGGCAGGCGGCGGCACCGCCCUGGUGGAUAGCCGCGGCAACGUCCUCCUAACCAGCGCCGGUGGCGCCAAUAGCGAUUGCAUGACACUGCCACGCAAUCUCAAUCGUCACAAUCCAACGACAGAACUACAACAAUAUCAACAACAACAGCAGCAGCAGGUUGGUAAACAUCAGCCAAAUGGGGCUGUGCUAACGGGCAUGCAGCCGCACUAUAUACGUGGUCCACGCCCACCGAUGCGUACUGCCUCCUCAUCGACAACUACCACCACCAACAGCAGCAUCAACUCUGGCAUGGGCGCAACCGGGCCCGGGGGCAAUAUGCUGCUCGAUCAGACGCCGUCAGGCGGCAGCAGCAGCAGCGGCGUCAGCAGCGCGCCCAGCUCCUCCAAGGGGCACAUACACGCCCACUCGCAUGGCCACAUGUCGAACGCCCAUGCUGAAAGCUUAGCCAUGACUGCGUCCCAGCAGCAACAGCAGCAGCAGCAAGUGCCACAGGCAGCCAUUGAUGAGAUGCGCGUCUGAUAGGUGUCGGUCUUUGAGUUGGACUUAUAGUCAUCAACGGGGUCCAUAGAGACGUUACGUGUCGAAACGCCUGAGGAGUUCUAUGCCCUCAAAGAGGCGCAAAAAGUGAGCGGCCCCGAUGACAGCCAACUCAAUGCAGCACAUGGAACAACAGCGGUUUUAGCAAGGCAACGUGGAAAAGGCGGCGGCGGUGGUGCAGUGAAUAGUACGGAGCAUAAGCUGCAGCUGAGGAAACUCAAGUUCAAGCGAGAGAUUCACGCUCUGGCGCUCGAGGGCGGGGAUGUUGCGCGCGGUUACUGCUCCUGCGAUGAACAGUGGACCAACUUGUCCUCGCCCACAUCCACGACCACAUCGGCGACCAUGUCGCCCACGUUAGCGGCUGGAAGUGGCAACGCUAAAGCCAGCGGCGGCGUCGGCGGCCUCAGCCUUAGCGGCAAUGGCAACGUCAACGGCAACAGCAACGGAAACGGAAUCGGAAACGGAAACGGGAUUGUGAAAAUGGCGACAUUGAAAAAGCGCGGAUCGGGCGCAAACGCUGCCGGCGUCCGCCUCAAGCAGCAGCAUCACGUGCGCUUCUCCGACGAAAAAAACUUCUCGGACUAAGCCGAAAAGAACUCGUAAACUACUAGACUGCACCUAAGCUCUGUUUAAUCUUAAGAGAACAUUUUCAUAGCCUAAGCAACAGUUGAGAAUUACGAAAUAAGCAAAACAAAAAACCGGAAAAGUAA